AUGCCCUCCAGUACAGAAGUGAUCGUUCUAUCCUCUUCUUCGCCAGACCAUAUCCCGUCGCAAACGCCGGCGCAGUCAAAUUACAAUCCGGAGAAACUUUUUGGUCUAUCGCCGUUGUCCCCAUCGCCUCCUCCGCUGCCUUCUCCGUCGGAGCUGUUCCAACCACCUACCCGCUCCCGGUUUUUCAAGGCACAGGACGAGAAAGCCGUAGUGUCAUCAAACACGAAGCAAGACUCAAAUACAGUGGCGAAAGCGAACAAACCGAAUGCGACGAAACGAAAGGCGGCAGCAUCAGCGACAGGAAGGUCAAAGAAGAGCAAGGAAGACCAGACGAAGGGGGAUACGCAGACGGUCAUUCGUGGCUCAAACAAUGCCCUCAUGAAACUCGAUGAGGAGGCUCCGAAGAAGGAACCUAAGGCCAGGAAAAAGAGGAGUGACGCUGGAGUCAAACGUACGCUAGCCAAGAAUAGAACGAUAACAGGCAAGGUCGCAAAAUCCGGCAGUACACAGACGGACGUAACGGGACUCAAGGCCGAAGAACCAGUGACUUUCGAGCCAUAUUUGAGGAAAACAGAUAUCGAAAAGGCAGAAACCCGGGACAUUGACGAUCUACAACUCGAUGCGGCCAUGAAGAGACGGCUGGAUUGGACACCCACCAAGGAUACUCGCAAGCAACUUGUCGCAUUGGAUAUGGUAGACGGAGAGCCCGACCAAAAUCGGUUCGGUAACCUCGUAUCUGGCUACGGUUAUUCAAACACUUCUUCCGACCUGGAGGCAAAUUCUAAGCGUCUUGAAGAUGGCGCAGCAACGAAGCGGCGGCGAAUAGAGCUUGUGGAGUCUAGGGUAUUCCCGAAUGUCAAACAUGUACUGCCUGAUAGUGCUCGAGCCUCGAAAGCACCUGCUCUUGAAGAAAAACCUAAUAAACGGAGCAAAAGAAUUACAACCCUGACUGGAAGAGUGACAGCACUAUAUGUGGACGAUGCUACGGAUGAUUCGGAUAGCGCAAGCGCAUUUACUGCUGCCUUCGGAGAUGUUGUGAACAAUGCGAGCGCUAACAGGUCCAGUGUGCAACAGCGAGGCAAAUCAAGUUCGAGAUCCCAUGUCAUCGACUCUUCUGUCCUUCCUCCCGAGGCUGCUGUUAGCUUUCUAAAAGAGCAGGAUCUGGUGUUUGGAACGUGCAGCCAGCUGGAGCGAGAGGACUCGCCAACGAUGUUGAGAGACAUGCAAAUGGCGAUACGUGCGUCGGAAAAUGAUAUGACUGCAGAGCCGAAGGCUUAUCCGGCUACCAGGCCAGGUUCCAAAUUCUCAGACAGAGCCACAGUAUCCCGCUUUGCAACGCCAAGAAAACUGUGGUCUGUAGCGUCUAGAGACUUGGACGGUUCGCUGGCUCAAAUUGAGGUUCUGGAUAUGGUCAAUAUAUCUAAAAUAUCUGAGCUUCCUCUUAAAUCCGAUGAUUCCCCAGAGACCGCAGCAUUGACGAAGGGGGACACUGGCUACGAUGCUAUUGAGACAGACACCUCCUUCCAAGAACAAUCAACUACUCCUGCAGAAAAGUCGCCUGACGACGAAAAAGCAGUCAUCAAGGAUCCUGAAUUGUCGCCGCCGGCUGAUUGUCAGCUCAAAGAGGUUGUUUCCAAAGAAUCCGCGGCGCCCCGGAUACCACAGUACGCGGAAUUUACCGACUCCCAACUGUCCAAAGAAGUCAAGAAAUUCGGCUUCAAAUCCAUGAGAAGUCGCAAGAAGAUGGUCGAGGUGCUUGAGAAAUGCUGGGAGUCAAAGCACGGGGCCACAAAGGCAGAGAAUCAAGAUAUGGGGAAAGACAUCCAUGCCCAUCAAAAGGCGGAACCAGAUACUACUCGGGGUCAGACCAAGAAGCGGACGCGCAAGACGGCAACAUUGUCGGAGACGCCAAAGACGCGUGCAAACCCCAAAAUUGAACCCAAGGCAAGCGCACAUCUGAAAAGAAGACAGGCGCAAGAGGCGAAUGAAUUCAGCCAGGCCUCAAAUUCGUCCUUUGCCAAUGUGGAGGAGAUUGAAGACUCUGAGGAUGAGCUUAUACCUUCUCCCAGCAGACUGCAAAACCGGUAUACGCUCCAUUCAUCAGAAACUCGAGGUAGCCAACCACUGCUUGUUUCAGAUUCUCCAUCCAGCCAGGAGCGGAAAAAUUCUGAAUCCUGCAUCAUACUGUCUACUUUUGACGCGGUCGCAAAGCCGGGCAUGCCAGAUCUUAGCAGUCAAAUAAACAAGGCCGUGCGUGCGCAACCUCGAUCUUCUUCUGCAGGCUGUAAGCGCCCGAGCUGGCAUGAGAAGAUUCUUAUGUAUGAUCCCAUCAUCCUCGAAGAUUUCGCCACCUGGCUUAAUACCGAGGGAUUAGGGUUAGUGCAUGAAGACAGGGAAGUCAGUGCAGGGUUUCUGAGGGAGUGGUGUGAGAGCAACGGCAUUUGCUGUUGUUUCCGAAAGAAUAAUAAAUGA